UGUCUACCUGUCUGUCUCUCUCUCUCGCUCUCUCUCUCUCUGUCUACCUGCAGCCCCCACCCCCUCCAUCCCUCCCUGUCUCGGCCCCCCCCCUCUCUCGGUGCGGACAUGCUCCUCCGGAGAUGAGGCUCCGAAAUGUCUCCUUCCUGACGGUCUUGUUGUUCGGGCUGUGCGGGCUGGUCUCCCUGUCCUGGUACACCGCCUUCAGCAGCUCCAGAGGCGAUGUGGUGGAUAUCUACCAGCGGGAGUUCCUGGCGCUGAGGGAGCGGCUCCACUCUGCAGAACAGGAGAACCUGCGGCGCUCCAAAGAACUGAACCUGGUUCUGGAGGAGAUCAAGAGAGCCAUCGCUGAGAAGCAGGCGCUGAGAGACAUCAACCGGACCUGGAGCAGCCUCUCGGAGGAGACUCGUCUGAAGCUGUGGAAUGUGAGCAGCAAGAGCGUCCUGCAGCUUCCCUCCAUCUUCCAUCACCUUCCUCACCUGCUGAACAGAGAGGACAGCCUGCUGCCGGCCGUGCACCUGGGCCAGGGCCGCACCGGGGUCUCCAUAGUGAUGGGGGUUCCCAGUGUGAAGAGGGAGGUUCACUCCUACCUGACCGACACACUCAGCUCUCUGAUGUCAGAGCUCAGCGCCGCCGAGAAAUUGGACUGCGUCAUCGUGGUCUUCAUCGCAGAGGCUGACCAGCAGUACGCCAGCAGUGUAGCAGAAAACCUGAAGCGCCUUUUCCCCGCAGAGAUCCAGUCGGGUCUGCUGGAGGUCGUCUCUCCGUCCGUCCACUUCUACCCCGACUUCUCCAAACUCAGAGAGUCCUUCGGAGACCCCAAAGAGAGAGUCAGGUGGAGGACGAAGCAGAACCUGGACUAUUGUUACCUGAUGAUGUACGCUCAGUCCAAAGGAACCUACUACGUCCAGCUGGAGGACGACAUCGUGGCCCGUCCGAACUUCUUCACCACGAUGAAGAACUUUGCCCUGCAGCAGCCGUCGGAGGAGUGGAUGAUCCUCGAGUUCUCCCAGCUGGGCUUCAUCG